AGUGGCGCUACUGGGCGUCGGGAGGUAGCAGCUGGCGCCGCACCUUCUGGUUGGGAGUUGCUAGAGCCGGUGCUUCACUCUUAAGGGUCCCCGAGCUACCGGCGGCGGAACGGUUUCUGGGUCGUUGGGAGCUGCUCGCCCGGCUCUGCCAGCAGCAGAUACCACUGUGUGGUUUGAAUCAGGAAUGAGAGCUUUUGAAAGCUCAGAGCAGACUUCGGUUUGGUCAACAUGGAAGACAAAAGGCGACGAGCCCGAGUGCAGGGAGCCUGGGCCGCCCCUGCUAAGAGCCGUGCUGUUACCCAGCCAGCUACCACCUCUAAGAGCCAUCUCCACCAGACACCUGCCCAGACCUGGAGGAGCAAGGAGCACCCUCUGCCCGACAGAGAGUUCGUGUUCAGAGAACCCCAGCAGGUGGUGCGGCCCGUCCCAGAGCCUCGAGUGAUUGACAGGGAAGGUGUUUAUGAGAUCAGCCUGUCACCCACAGGUGUAUCUACGGUGCGUCUGUAUCCUGGCUUCAUUGAUUUAAAAGAAGCUGAUUGGAUGUUGGAACGGCUUUGUCAGGAUGUGCCCUGGAAACAGAGGACCGGCAUCCGAGAGAAUAUAACUUAUCAGCAGCCGAGACUUACAGCAUGGUAUGGAGAACUUCCUUACACUUAUUCAAGAAUCACUAUGGAACCAAAUCCUCACUGGCAUCCUGUGCUGAGCACCCUAAAGAGGCGCAUUGAAGAGAACACGGGGUACAGCUUUAACUCCCUACUCUGCAACCUGUACCGCAAUGAGAAGGACAGCGUGGACUGGCACAGCGACGACGAGCCCUCGCUGGGGAGGUGCCCCGUCAUCGCUUCACUCAGCUUUGGCGCCACACGUACUUUUGAGAUGAGGAAGAAGCCUUCAGUAGAAGAGAACGGAGACUACACCUACGUGGAGAGGGUGAAGAUACCUCUGGACCACGGGACCUUGUUGAUCAUGGAGGGAGCGACACAAGCUGAUUGGCAGCAUCGAGUGCCCAAAGAAUACCACUCGAGAGAGCCGAGAGUGAACCUGACCUUUCGGACCGUUUACCCGGAACCGAGAGGGGCCGCCCGCUGAUGGGAGGUCUGAGAGAAGCUGCUCGGAGACUGGGCCCACCCUGCCAUGCAGAGGAAGUAUCCAGAGGCCGGUCUGGCCAACCUCGGGGGCGGCCGUGAGGCCCAUGAUGGGGGAUCUGCUCCCAGCUCUGCCCUCUCCACGGCCGUCCAGCAGCGCGUGGUGGGAAUGUGUGUGCUGCGGGAACGCUUACUCCCAACUCUGUCACAAAACCCCAUGUUAUCUUUAGGCAGAUUAAAAACGGCUGUGUGUGGCUGCG